GAGGAGGACCAAUGGCCGACGGUGGCCGAUUUAAGACGGCGUCCAGGCGUUUGCCCAAAUCCACAUUUUGGGAGGGAGUGUCAGGCAGACGCAAUCAGCAGGAAUGCAAUAAAAUGAGCCAUGAAUUGUUGCCUGUGUAUUGGAAUUCACGAUUUGAGAAUGGUGCUGUGACCACUUUCUGCACUAAGGAUGAACAUUCAUUUCUUCUAAAACAGUAUAUCUGAUUAUUUGCUCCAUACACAUGCAUACCCACAAUACAAUGACCAGUUCUCAGGAACUCCUGAGCUGGUCUUCUUCUGCAACGAUUAUCAAUAAGAGUCUCAAUGAAGAUAAAUGUUUAAAUGGGAUGCAUGGGGAAUGCAUACCGUCUGGUGUCCAUCCUUCAUCUGAAGAUAUAGAAGAGGGAAGAGAAAGGGGGUUGCCUCACAACAAUGCAUCAGACAAUAUAAAUAGCCCAGUGCCCACAACAGUAUUAACCAGCGUGAGUGAAGAUUCCAGGGACCAAUUUGAAAAUAGUGUGCUCCAGUUAACUGAACAAGAUUUAGAAACUACUGUUCAUCAGGGCAAUGAUAACAAUAUAAGUGGACAGAACAACCAUGGAACUGAAGACAUCAAAAUCCAAUUUAACAGACAAGGAAGCGGAAAUGGUGGCUUUCUUGAGGGACUUUUUGGCUGUUUAAAGCCAGUAUGGAAUAUUAUAGGGAAAGCCUAUUCUACUGACUACAAACUACAACAACAAGAUACAUGGGAGGUUCCUUUUGAAGAAAUAUCUGAGCUGCAGUGGUUGGGCAGUGGAGCACAAGGAGCUGUUUUUUUAGGCAAAUUUCGAACAGAGGAAGUGGCCAUCAAGAAAGUGAGAGAGCAGAGUGAAACUGAUAUCAAACAUCUGAGGAAGCUGAAACAUCCAAACAUCAUUGCUUUCAAGGGUGUUUGCACACAGGCGCCCUGCUACUGUAUAAUAAUGGAAUACUGUGCACAUGGACAAUUGUAUGAAGUGUUGCGAGCAGGUAGAAAGAUAACACCUCGUUUGCUUGUAGACUGGUCCACUGGAAUUGCUAGUGGAAUGAAUUAUUUGCAUCUCCAUAAAAUUAUCCACAGAGAUCUCAAGUCACCCAAUGUAUUAGUUACCCACAAUGAUACGGUGAAAAUUUCUGAUUUUGGUACUUCUAAAGAACUCAGCGAUAAGAGUACAAAAAUGUCCUUUGCAGGAACAGUUGCUUGGAUGGCCCCAGAAGUGAUUCGUAAUGAACCUGUUUCUGAAAAAGUAGAUAUAUGGUCAUUUGGAGUGGUUUUGUGGGAGCUUCUCACUGGAGAAAUUCCAUACAAAGAUGUAGACUCUUCAGCCAUCAUCUGGGGUGUAGGUAGUAAUAGUUUACAUCUUCCUGUACCCUCCACUUGUCCAGAUGGAUUCAAGAUCCUUAUGAAGCAAACAUGGCAAAGCAAGCCACGGAAUCGACCUUCUUUUCGACAGACACUUAUGCACCUUGACAUAGCAUCUGCUGAUGUUUUGGCUACUCCCCAGGAGACUUAUUUCAAGUCUCAGGCUGAAUGGAGAGAAGAAGUAAAGAAGCACUUUGAAAAGAUUAAAAGUGAAGGAACUUGUAUACACCGGUUAGAUGAAGAACUUAUUCGUCGUAGAAGAGAAGAACUCAGGCAUGCCUUGGACAUUCGUGAACAUUAUGAAAGAAAACUUGAAAGAGCCAAUAAUCUGUACAUGGAACUCAGUGCCAUCAUGUUACAGUUGGAAGUUCGUGAAAAAGAGCUCCUCAAACGGGAACAGGCUGUGGAAAAAAAGUAUCCUGGAACUUAUAAGCGUCAUCCUGUCAGACCAAUCAUCCAUGCUAAUGCAAUGGAAAAAUUAAUGAAGAGAAGAGGACUCUCCCACAAACCUGGUGGGCAGACUAAACGGCCUGACUUGCUAAAAUCUGAUGGCAUAUCCAACACUGAAGUGGCCCCUAGUGGCUCUCCUCUCUCAGGGAGUCCUAAAAUGACAACAGUUAGUAGCAAAGGACGUUAUCGCAGCAAACCACGCCACCGGCGAGGAAAUAGCAAAGGCAGUUACAAUGAGUUCACUGGAGUCUUGAAAAAUCAGCCAGCACAGGAUGACUUGGGCCAGCCAACUCACCAUCAUCCCCACCAUCCCCAUCAUCACCUUCGACUUAAUAUACAUGGACAAGAUAUAGCCAGUUGCGCUAACAACUUACGAUAUUUUGGUCCUGCUGCUGCCCUACGCAGCCCUCUUAGUAAUCAUGCCCAACGGAAGAUGUCUGGCUCUAGCCCUGAUCUUAUCUCUGCUGCUAUGGAAGCCGAUUCAAGGAGAAAUCUGGAGGUAAAGAAAGAUGGAGAGAAUAAAGCUGAUUAUUGGGAAUGCUGUCAAACAGAUACAUAUAAUCUCUGUCCGCAGUGCAGACUGGGAGCAAAUGACUCAAAUCAACAACAAUCCCUUGAUCCAGGGCUAGAACAGCCUGAAGGACCAUUGUAUGAUUCAGUUUGUGCAAAUUCGGAGUUUCCUGCAAAGAAUAAAGAAGGUGAAUUCAGCAGCCACAGGUCAGUGUCUCCUCUUGGCUCCUCUCAUCUUGCAAGCACUCCAGGACUGCUGGGUAAAACUCGAUCCAUUCCGAAGAGUGGUGAUGAUUCUUCAGAAGAAGAAGGAGAAGUAGAUAGUGAAGUGGAAUUUCCACGGAGACAGAGGCCACAUCGUUGCAUCAGUAGUUGCCAGUCCUAUUCGACCUUUAGUUCUGAGAACCUCUCCGUCUCUGAUGGGGAAGAGGGCAAUACCAGUGACCAUUCCAACAGUCUGGAUGAGCUGGCUAAUAGACGGGAAGAUUGUUUGGCUGAGAAGUUUGACGACAUGCUGUCACAAACUCCAGAAAUCCCCAUUGAGAUAUCUACUCAGUCUGAUGGACUUUCAGAUAAAGAGAGUGCUGUACGCAGGGUGAAAACACAGAUGUCACUUGGCAAAUUGUGUCCAGAGGAUCGUGGUUAUGAGAAUCCUGGGCAGUUUGGAGACUCAGGUGGUGAAUCUUCAGAAGAAGACUGUUCUGAUGCGACCGUGAGAACCAGUAAAGUUUGCAACUCUGCAACCUUGUAAUGAUAAAUCUCCUUUAGCCUCAUUAAUCAACUGGCAUUUUGAUUCCACUCAGAAAAAAACUUUUUCAUUCCAUCUUUGAGAAGUUGCUUCUUCACCCCAUCAACUAAAUGAUCUGCAAUAACUUGAAUCUUUGGAGAAAUGUUCUGAUGAAUUGGUUUCUCAAUGAGCAUUUCAAUCAUGAAUGGCAGGGAUGUAUUUUAUUGAAUAAUUGAACUAUUGUACCAUAUUUUUGGCAUUUUAACACUUUUUACUGAACAAAAUGAUCACUCUCCAUAGGCAAAUAAUUGGUUACAAAAAUAGAAAGAAAACUGAAAAAGAAUCAUUUUGAUUUUUAAGAGAGCAUAUAUAGACAGAAUAGAAUUUGUCAUUACUUGGCCAUAUGGCUCCGAAGGGCUGACAGGUUAAAAACACAGCAACUUCAUUGAUUUCGUUAAAACAGUGCAUGUGAUAAUCUAUGAGUAAAAAGUCAUUUGUAUAACCAGUGUAACUUUUUCAAAAUAAAAUAUUCACAUUCCAGGGAAAAAGUAUCUGACAUGCUGUUCCUCAGCAUAAGAAAAUGGAAACUAAUGGUUUUCAUUUUAAAAUUUAUUUUAUUGUUAGUCGAUUGCAAAAUCUUACAACUGCAAUUACAGUUUCUCUCCAUAUCAUCAUCAUACUAGUGUGAGGACAGCAGAUAAGAGUACUGAAAGAUUGAUGGAUAGAUGUUAAAAUGGUUAGUUGGUUCCUUCAAUUAAAAAUACACGUGUCAAUGCUGAAGAACUUACAAGCCAUGGAAAAUAUAUUUUAUGUAUCCUGAAGACUUUCCUGAAGAAAGAAAUUAGAACUCUUCCCCCUGUAGCUGGGGGAUGGUCCAGCUUCGGCCACACCACUUGUCUUCCUACUGUUUUCACUAAUAUGGUUUUGAUAGGAGAGAACUGGUCACUUAUUAAGCUUGUUGAAAAGUUACAUAACUUUUUUUUUAAAAAAAAGACAAUUGAUGAAAAUGCUCUUUGAGAUGGGCUUGAAAGAAUAUUAAGUCAUAUUUGUAUUGUGGAUUCUGGACUGGUAUGCCUUUUUCUUUUUUUACAAAUAUGAUUUAUCAUUCAUUCAAUUUCCUAUAAUUAAAAUGUUCAAGAAGAGCAAAGCAAGUAGCACUGGCUUUCAAAUCAAAGUAUUAAUCAUUAUCUUUCAAUGCUUCCUUCCUUCAUCAUGUUGGCUAAAGAAUGACAUUAAGAAAGAAAGCCUUUUGGCGAGUGUAGCAAGAUUUAAGUUAGUAUCAAAUGCACCCUUCAGCCCAUCUGCAGAAUGAAAGGCAAGCAUGGGUUGAUAUUGUGCUGCUGUUUGUUUACAUUUGAUUUGAUAUGAUUUUGUAAAAAAAGAUUAAUAGCCUAGUGACAAAAUGUAGGAAAAUUCUUUACUAAUAUCGAAGAACAGUAUUGUAUGAGUUAAAUUAUUCCAUACUUUUAAAAAUUCUGUAGCUGGACUACAUGAAUCAUAAAUUAUUUCAUUAUUUAUUAUAAUUUCUGUAGAUUGAUGAUAGGGCUUGUUGUACUGCAGCAUGUCAGUCCUAUUUCAGCUAUGUUGUGGCCUAAUUCCAGGAGGAAUAGUAACCAAAGUGCUCUACUUAUAAUGCAAUUUAAUAAUCUAACACAGGCCACACUGAUUUUACUCAAUUGCAGCAGCCUAUGGAAAGCAAACGUGGCAUAGUCUGAUAAAAAUUGCAUGUGCCGUGAGUGUAAAGUAUAUAAGAAACAAAUGAUGCUUCAGCAUGCAUUAGGUUCCCUGUUGCAGUCCAUAACACUGUGAGAUAGUCAGAUUGAAAUAUAAAAGAAUUCAUACCUGCUCACUUGAAGUGGCAUCUCCUGCUAAAAUAAGAGAUUCCUCAAGAUUUAUAUCAGAGUGAACCGAGUUUUGCGUGUUCUGAACAAAAUUGCUUGUUGUGAAUUCUCUGCCUAUUUUCCGAAAGAGGAACUACUUUUUUAGGGAGAACUAUAUGCUGUUGAUACUACACUCCCCAUCAAUGCCAUUCCAAUUAUAUAUGGGCCCAACUGUCUAGGAAGAUUGCUGCAGCUGCCAAGUCCAUGGCAAAUCCCUAAUUUAGAAACAUUAUUUGGUGCUUGAUCUAGGCACAUUUUUUUAAACUGACAAGAACAACUAUCACACAGCCUUUUUUUAAAAAAUGGCAAAAUACAAGCGUCAGCAUUGACAAAAUGCUACAUGCUGUUUUUCCCCUGAUAUGAAGCAGUUAAGAUUGCUAUUUCAGUGCUAACAUUAGCCCACUAUUUCUUCUAUGAGAAGUUCCACACUAAUGCCUUGCUACCCUGAAAAAGAGUACAGUAGUGUAGGGCUUAUCAAUUUGGCAGGCAAAAAUUAUCCGGGAUCCUGGAAAAAGGAUUUUCUUGUGAUAAUUUAAUUGCAGAUAUUGAACAUAGAAUCUCAUGCAUGCAAAGCAUGUCUUUUACCAAUCUAGUAGUUUCUUCCCAGAAGUUUCUACAUUAGUGGAGAAUGUGUCCAAUUUAAUUAUCUUUGUUGUAGAUACUGGUUGUUUCUUUUUUGGUAUUUGCACUUAUCCUGAUAUCCAAUGACAUGCUGUACAAUGUAAGUCUUCAAGACACUAUUUUAUGAUUCAAGAAAUAAUUAGGAUGAGUAUCCAGUAGGGUUUUCAAAGUCUUAUGUUCUCCUGCUAAUGUGUAGCCUGUGUAUCUCAUUAGACUGAAGAAAUAGUGUUUUAACUUGCUUAUAUCCAAAGAGUCUAUUUAUUAGAAGGCACUGGUUUAAGAAGCAAAAUAAAUUUAAGAAUGUAAUAUCUAGCAGAAACUUUGGAUGAGUCUUAAUAUUUGUUAUUGAUCAAUUUACAAACAUUCCAAAUGGCCAGAAAUCCAUGGUUUGGUUUAUUAAAUACAAUAAAAGAAUUCUUCUAGAUACAUUUUUACCAAAUUAUGUCUAAAAAGUUUGUUCAACUGUGAACAAGCAGAAAAACUUUUGAAACUGAAAAUUUAGCCAUAAUUUUAGCGAUCAUCCUACUUUUCCCAGUUCAAUUGUUCUAUUUAUCACUUCUAACUUCAUAGCAUUCCCUAAAGCACAAAUUAAAAAUGUCUUAACAAAUAUAGUCUCACAGUAGCAAAGAGAUUCAAAUUAAGCAGUGUCAUUGCUGAUAAUAGUUAAACUGACAGCUGGGCUAGAUGUUAUAAUCACUGUGGGAAUACAGUCAAUACAAAAAGUUCUCCUUCUGUUAUAAAGUUAGGUACAUAGGCAAUAGUUAUAUUCAACAAUGAUGUAGCCUGACUCUAAGCAGAGAUGUUGCUUGUUGUGUUAUUACAACAGACCUGUGCAUGUUUUGUUUCAAGAACGAUAGAAUAAUUAAUUCUAAACUUUGGAUGUUGAUAAAAUCCAUUUUAAAUAUUGGUCCAACAUACAUAGUUGAUAUUCUAGUAUAUGCUGGUUACCUUUUUAAAGCUUUCUCUUAAAUGUGAAGAUUAAACAUUUCUUUUAAAUAUGGAAACAUUCUCAGGUAAAUUUGGGCAUUUUAAAAAGCUUGCUGUAUUCUGUCGCCCCAAUAAAAAAUACUAUUUUGGCUAUUGGAGCAUUAGUUCACAGCACUAAAUAUUAAGAGAUAUGAUCAGAACUAUGGGAAUAGAUACUAAGAAACACAGAAUAUUAACUCUUUUUUCCUAGGAAGCAAGAGUUCUGUUUACUGGAAGGGAGCCACCAUGUUUUUUCACAUAUUAUACUUAAUUUCAUUCACAGAACCAGCUAGCACAAAAAAUGAUGCAGUUUUGUAAUAGGAAAGGGAAAUAGUACUGUUAUUGUUGUAUUAAUUCUUUGAUAGAAUUUUACAUACAAAGGAAUAGUAGAAUCUAGAUUUAGUUCUUAAAUUUUUCAAACCAAAAGCCAUAAAUCAUUUCAUUCAGUUUAUGACACAGUAUUGCCAUGUGUGAAUUAGUGUGCGUUUUCUUGCUGUGUUAUGACUGUUCUGUGCAAGGGCAUUACAAUAUUGUAAUUACCUGAUGAAAGUGUCAGGUCAACAGUGGCACAGCAUAAGAAUAAGCAAUGCAAACCAGAGAUAAGCUUUUGAUUGAAAAGCCUUCUUUGGCAUAUUUUCAAGAUUCUUACUCUCUAUUCUUACUUGCUGGGUCCAGUUAUGGUACAAUCAAUAUGUUGGCUAAUGGUUAGUAGAAAUUAUUAUGUUUAUAUGUCAUACAGAAUUAUAAUUUUAUCUUCUGUGCUGUCUUUUCUCCCUACUUUGAGGCGAACUUGAUUUCUUUUUGUAUUGAACAGUGAAUAACAAUUGGGAACAAAUGACUAUCAAAUAGAUGCAUGGAAUAAAAAGCCAGUGUACCUCA